GCUUUUGUUCAAUUUAUUUAUUUAAUUCAGUUUCGAACUGAAGUUGGUGGCAUUUAGACGCGUUUAGUGAAGCACAGUCCUACGAACAUAGGUGACAGUGUCGAACGAGAAUAAAAUAAGCUAGCUCUACUCCGUUUGUGCGCUUCCAAACACCCGCUGUGAUAAUAGCUGCGGUAAUAGUAUUGUCGAUGCUGGAUCGGUUGGUCGGUCGUUCGGUCGCGUGCGUGUGAAAUUAUGUCAUAUGGACUUAAAGCUAUAAAUAGCUAGUAAAAUAAUAAACAAAUUAAAAGAUUCGCAAUAUACAUACAAAAAUAUAAAGUUUUGUGCUGAGUUGAACCAACAGAGUUUGGCUUAUACGCAGAGGAGACAAGUUUCCUUUGGACAAACGAACAAGAGCAACUCUGUUGAAUAUUAAAUAAACAUCAGCCGAAGUUGAACAAUAAUAAUAAAAGCAGCUGUUGCGAAUAUUGAGAACAAAAGCAAAAAAUAAUAAAAACAAUGUCCAGCAAGUGCACAAUCACAUUUGACAAUAAUCCACUGGGGGUUUACUAUGCCGGUCAGGUUGUUUCCGGCGUUGCGGAGCUAACCACAAAACGAACGAAAAUAAUAAGAUCCAUUUACAUUAGCAUCUGUGGUCAUGCCGAAACCCGCUGGACGGAAAAUGUAACGAAACAAGAUACGGAGGGUAAGCCACAAAAGACCAUCGAAACAUUUUCUGGUUCCGAGUUGUACUACAGUACAGAGAAUCAUGUUUAUGGACAAAGUGGUGGCAUACAAUUCGAUUUACCAGCUGGAAAGUAUACCUUCGCCUUUCAAACGACCAUACCGCCGAAUGCACCCACAUCGUUCAAUGGCUCAUGGGGACAGGUGCAACAUGAGGUCGCUUUGGUGAUCGAUCGUGUCAUGCGCUAUGACAACAAAUUCAAGCAAGGCUAUACGGUGAUAUCGCCAUAUGAUUUGAACCUCAAUCCAGACCAUAUGAAACAAUUGCAUAAGAUUGAUGAAAAGACGUUUUGUUGGGGUUUGUGUUGUGGCGGUAAAGGCCCGAUGGUGAUGCAUGUCACAGUGCCCUACUCCGCUUAUGCACCUGGGCAAAAGAUACGUUUCCACGUUGUGCUGGAUAAUCAAUCGGAUGUGCACUGCUCUGAUGUCAAAGUGCGUCUAAUGAAAAAAGUAACAUUCACCAGCCGCAAUCCAGAGGCUAAACGGCAAGUGGUGGAGGUUAAAGUCGCCGAUAAUCAUUGUGGUGAAGUUGUCAAACAUAACAAAGCUGAAUUCAAUGAAUAUUUACAAAUUCCGUCUACGACUCCCACCUCGUUGGAGAAUUGUAGUCUCAUCAAAGUGAGUUACAUGCUCAAAUUUAUUGCGAAAAUUUCACGUAUCCAUGGCGAUCUGGUAAUUGAAUUUCCUCUGGCUAUCGGCACGGUGCCGUUAUAUGCAAGUGCCAACGAUCAGGGACCGGUAACGACACAACCUGGCGCUGGACCAACCUACAAACCGCUACCACCGCCUAUGUUCGAGGAAGAUAUUAGAUGCGAGAGCUUCGAAGAUAACACAUUCCGUCCACGUUAUCCUGUUUUCCUCAGCGAUACAGGCUUAACACCUAUUGGUAAUGGACCAAACAAUCAACCAUUACCACCAUCAAAUAGUGUAUAUCCUUCGCUUGUAGUUCCAACACCAGCACCAGGACCUGCGACACCUCAACACAAAAAUUCACCAGCAGCACAAAAUUAUCCACCUUUUCCAGCAGCAGCGUCUUCGUCAUCUACACCAUCUGGGCCGGCAUUGCACAAUGCUGCCGCGAGUGCUAAGCCAGGUUCAUCCACAGGUGGUGGUAAUGUAGAGGCGCUCGGUUUUUCUUUGCCACCAGAUUAUGAGCCCACACCAGCGCCAGCUCCUGGUUCCAAACCUGGUAUUGGUUGGAAAUGAAUCUCAUUAUUUUUUAAAGAAAAAUUAUGUUUAUGUACGAACUUUGAACUAUACCAGUUGAUAUUUAGUGGAUUUAAAUAUUUCUCAUUUUUUUAGAGUUGCAUACCUCCAUAUGUUUUACAUCUAUUGCAUUUUACGAUAAAUACUUAUAUGUAUUUUAUACGCAUAAAUGAGUGCAAUU